AUGGAUAUACAGGGCGCCUUUGACACGGUUCUGCGGAACCGGCUCCUCCUACGCCUACGGGAACAGGGCUGGCCAACAAACCUGGUCCGGGCUCCCCGGCCUCCCGAUUCUCUUCCUCCUCUAUACAGUGCCCAUCUACUCGAUAGGGAACCGAACUCGCGCUUCGGCUACGCAGAUGACGUGGCCACCCUGAUCCGGGGCCGGUCCCUACAGGAGACGGCCGCCCGGGCCACGCGCGCCGCGGGUGAGCUCAUCCAGUGGGGAGCCGAUAAUGGCGUAGUGUUCGACCCGGGCAAGACAGAAGUCAUCCACUUCACGAGACCGAGAUACAAAGGGGACCUGCCGUCGGUCUGGCACGGAAAGCUCUCAUUCCGCACGCAUGUGGAGAAGUGGGCCGCGAAGGCGAUGACGGCCGCAGGGUUCCUCCAGAACCUCUCAAACACCCGGCGCGGAAUCCUCCCCGUCGACACGGCAUGCGGUCACGGCCUGCGUCCUCCCGAUCCUUUAUACGGCGCCCAUGUAUGGUACCCGGGGGCGCUUCGGCCUGUGUGGGGGACUGCCCGCUUAGUUCCGUCGCGGAUCACCUACCUGAAGAAUAGGAUCCAGCUGACCUUAAACGUCGCGAUGCGCGCCAUCGCGCCCGUCUGGUGUACCAUGCCCAUUGUGGCCCUCCACCGAGAGACCGGGAUCCCCCCUGCCACGCUGCUCCUCGCAGACGCUCAGAGACGCGCCGCGCUAAUGAAGAGGCACGCACCCCCUCAGCCCGACCCGACAGGGGGCGUAGACAAAACGCAGGCGGCGAGAGACUUCAACUCGUGGCUCCGGGUAUGCCCUGAAGAUACCCUCAUCGUCUACACUGACGGCUCGCAGAGCGAAGACGGCGCCUGCGGCGGUCGGGUCCUACUCGCUGAGGUCUACGACGCAGAGGUGGAAGGCGCCCUCGAGGGCUUCGAGCGGCACUCACGUGGUCCCCAGGACCCCGGACCAGCAGUGCCGGAUAGUCGUCUGCCUUGA